GGGUGGAGUGAAAGGCAGCGCACGAGCUCCCAACGUGACCCUUGUCGCAUUGGGCUAGCGUUGAUGUAACCAGCCUCCGGUGCGACUAUCUCGCGACUUUUUAGACACACAACACACCACCCAUCUUGAACACAACCACGCCGCACCACCAUCCGCUCUGAAUUUGCCGAGUAUGGCGCGCGCUGCAUCGACCCGCGCCGCAAGCGCAAAGCCCGCUGUGGCUGCUGAAAACAAAGAGAACAAAGCCAAUGGCACCGCGGGCACCCGCCCCAGCCGCGCAAAGACAACAGAGCCCGCGCCCGUCAAAGGUGCUGUCGUGAACGGCACCGCCGAAGAAGCGCCCCCUAAGCGUAAUUCGCGACGCGUCCCCAUAACGGCGCCCCGUGUUGACGAACCCUCAGCAGCCAGCCGCGCCCGCACAAAGAAGACGGCCACGCCCGCGCCCGAGCCCGCUAAGAAGAUGGCGAAGCGCAAGAAGGAGGAGAGCGACAUCGAGGAAGAGGAGGAGGUCGCGCCCGAGCCCAAGAAGGCCAAGGUCGCCCGCGCCGUGGCCGCGCCCAAGGCCACCAAGGCCGCUGCAAAACCCGCGAAGGCCGCCGUCGACCCGUCCAAGCCGGUGCCGCGCGGCCCGCGUCGCGUGCGCGGCAAGAAGAACGAGAUCAACGCGGUGCGCUACACGGAGCCGCUCAAGGUGUUCCUCUUUGGCGAGGGCAGCUCAGGUGAGCUCGGCUUUGGCGCGACGCGCAAGGCCAUCGACGUCAAGCGGCCGCGCUACAACGAGGCGCUGAGCAACCAGAACGUGGUGCGCCUCGCGGCCGGCGGCAUGCACGUGGUCGCGCUGACCAAGGACAACCGCAUCCUGACUUGGGGCGUCAACGACAACGGCGCGCUCGGCCGUGACACGUCCGGCGGCGCCGUGAAGCUGCGCGACGUGGACGCCGACGACGCGUCCGACUCGGAGGACGAGACGGGCGGGCUGAACGACGUCGAGGCCACGCCGACGGCCAUCUCGGCCGAGUACUUCCCCGAGGACACCGUCUUCGUCGAUGUUGCGGCCGGCGACAGCUGCUCGUUCGCCCUGACCACCGAGGGCGCCGUGUACGGGUGGGGCACGUUCCGCAAGAACGAGGGCAUCCUCGGCUUCGAGAAGGGCAACCACACGGCCCGCUUCCCCGUGUACAUUGACGGCGUCACCAAGGUCACGGACAUUGCGUGCGGCACCAACCACGUGCUCGCCCUGGACAAGGACAAGCACGUGUACGCCUGGGGCAACGGCCAGCAGAACCAGCUCGGCCGCCGCGUCACGGAGCGCACGCUGAUUGAGUCGCUGCAGCCCAACCGCGUCGGCUUCCACGACAGCUCCGCCAAGCGGCCCAGCCAGAAGAUUGUGCACGUUGCCUGCGGCGACUACCACGCGUUUGCCAUUGCCGACGACGGCCACGUGUGGGGCUGGGGCGUCAACAACUACUGCGAGACGGGCGUGCCCGACAACGCCGGCGAAGACGACGCCAGCGUGCUCACGCCGCGCAUCGUCCACAGCCUCGACGACAAGCAGGUGACGGCCAUUUCCGGCGGCGCGCACCACAACCUCGCCAUCACCAAGUCCGGGCAGGUGCUCGUGUGGGGCCGCUGCGACGGCGCGCAGGCCGGCAUGUCCAUGGCGCCGCUCGCGGCCGAGUGCGACGACGAGAAGGUGCUGUCCAACCACGGCAAGCCCAAGAUCCUGCUGCAGCCCACGGCGAUCCCGUCCCUGAGCGACGUGGUCAUGGGCGCGUGCGGCCCGGACCACAGCAUCGUGGUCGACAAGGCCGGCAAGGCGUACUCGUGGGGGUUCUCGGCCAACUACCAGACGGGCCAGGGCACGGACGACGACGUCGAGGAGGCGACGGUGAUUGCCAACACGGCUGUGCGCGACGUGAAGCUCGAGUGGGCUGGGUGUGGCGGGCAGUACUCGGUGCUGGCGAGCCGGAGGGAGUAGAGGAAAGUGGAGGGAGUAGGCAGAGGAAAAGUGGAGGGAGGAUUGGUUGACGAGUGCGCUGCGCUGCGAGCUAAAUUGCACUUUCCAUCUACCGGCAUCUACAAGGACUUGACACGCCCGCAGGGUGUUUUCGGCAUACGAGGCGUUUGGGUGCAUAGCGGGACGGGGAUUGUAGUAGUGAAUGUGAUCUGUUCGUCUUUGA